UGGCGGCUAACCCAAUGCGCAUGGUCAGUGCGAUGUGAAUGGUCACCCCCUCCCCACUCUAAUGUAAGAUGGUGGCUGGAAGCUGCUGUUGAAACACACAGAGAGACUGAAAGGCAGAGACAAGUCAUAGACUCAACAAAACAAAUCAAAACAGAGAGAGAGAGAAAAAAACAGUAACAAACAGAAAGAACUAAGGUGCCUGUCUACACAAAUCGUGGCAGUUCAGAAAGAUUAUCAAUCCCCGCCCCAUUUGGUGUGACUAUCCCUUGGAGGAGUCCCAGAGCAAUAAAAAGAGACAGGCCCAGCAUUCAGCUCUGCUCUGAUCUCCUGUGUUUGGAAAUCUGAAAGCCGUGUCCCACCAUGUCGCACAGCCCUGAGGUGAAGGAGGACCCUGUGGAGUGCCCGCUCUGUAUGGAGCCCCUAGAGAUCGACGACAUCAACUUCUUCCCCUGCACCUGCGGCUACCAGAUCUGCCGUUUCUGCUGGCACCGCAUCCGCACAGAUGAGAACGGGCUCUGCCCAGCCUGUAGAAAGCCUUACCCCGAAGACCCGGCAGUGUACAAACCCCUUUCACAGGAGGAGCUGCAGAGGAUAAAGAACGAGAAGAAACAGAAGCAGAACGAGCGCAAACAGAAGAUCUCAGAGAACCGGAAGCACCUCGCCAGCGUGAGGGUGGUGCAGAGGAACCUGGUCUUUGUGGUGGGGCUGUCGCAACGGCUUGCCGACCCAGAGGUUUUAAAACGGCCAGAAUAUUUUGGGAAGUUUGGGAAAAUACACAAAGUAGUCAUCAAUAACAGCACGUCGUAUGCAGGUUCACAGGGUCCCAGUGCCAGUGCGUAUGUUACCUAUAUUCGAUCUGAAGAUGCCCUCAGGGCUAUACAAUGUGUCAACAAUGUAGUAGUAGAUGGUAGAACACUUAAGGCUUCUUUAGGUACAACUAAAUACUGCAGCUACUUUCUAAAAAGCAUGCAGUGCCCUAAACCAGACUGCAUGUAUCUUCAUGAGCUGGGCGAUGAAGCAGCCAGUUUCACUAAAGAGGAGAUGCAGGCUGGUAAGCAUCAGGAAUACGAACAAAAGCUGCUGCAAGAGCUCUAUAAGUUGAACCCCAAUUUCUUACAACCUUCUGUAGGGGGAGGGGAGAAGUCGAAGGGCAAAGCCAGUGCACUGCAGAGGCCCAAUAGUAAUAACAAAGACGCCUGGCCAUCAUUACAGAGCUCUAGUAAAGCAGCAAACGGUCUGCUGAACGAACACCGGAAAACACCCCCUCUCCUCGAUAAUGGUUCUGAUCAAGAACACAUGACGCCAGAUGGGCCAGACUCAGAGUUGGGGCAAAUAGCAACCAUUUCCCCCUUCACAACGCCUUGCGACCCUUCAAGCCCAAUUGACAAACCUCCAGAAUCCAUCAGUUUAGGCAACGGUGAAAGUUUACAACAGAUCCCCAGCUAUGACUCGCCAUCGCCACCUCCUGGUCUCUUAAAACCCAGUCUGGUGAUUCCCAUUAGCGCAUCCAAUCACAGUGCACGGUCUCCGUUUGAGGGGGCUGCGGCAGAGUCACAGUCCCUUUUCUCAGACAACAGUAACUUUCGACACCCCAACCCCAUCCCCAGCGGCCUGGCCCCCUUCCCUAGCUCUCCACAGAACAACACAGACUGGCCCACGGCACCGGAACCACAGAGCCUCUUCACAUCAGAAACUAUACCAGUAUCAUCCUCUACAGACUGGCAAGCAGCUUUUGGUUUUGGUUCCUCGAAACAUCAAGAGGACGACCUCGGGUUUGACCCCUUUGACAUCACCCGCAAGGCACUGGCGGACCUUAUCGAGAAGGAACUGUCUGUCCAGGACCAGUCGCCUCUCUCCCCAGGCUCCUUACACAAUUCUCUGCACGGCCCCUCAGUCAAUGGGCCGGGAGCUGGCUUCAUGCAUAGCAUCGCCACACCUUCUAACGCCAACUUUCCGAACUCAGUACUGCCUCAGCGGUUCCCUCAGUUCCAGCACAGGGCGGUCUACAACUCAUUCAGCUUCCCUGGCCAGCCCGCCCGCUACCCCUGGAUGGGGGUCCCACGCAAUAAUAUCAUGCACUUGAACCACACAGCAAACCCCACCUCAAAUAGUCAUUUCUUGGACUUGAGUUUACUACCACAGCACAGUCCGGGCUUAGGAGGGAUCUCAAUCACAGAAAAUAACAGUUCUGUAGAAAGUUUAAACGUGAAAGAGUGGCAGGACGGCCUGAGAGCUCUCUUACCGAACAUCAACAUCAACUUUGGGGGGCUGCCAAACUCUUCUUCCUCCUCCUCCUCCUCUUCCUCUUCCUCCUCCUCCAGUGUCAACCACACAGGGGCGCCAGCGAGCUCAGGGGGCAUCUCACACAGCCUGAGUUGGGACGGGUUGGGCAGCUGGAUGGACCCCGCCAUCAUCACAGGUAUACCUUCCUCUUCAGGAAACGGUGUGGACUCUCUCCAAGAUGACAAUCCCCCUCAUUGGCUCAAAUCUCUGCAGGCCCUCACAGAGAUGGACGGUCCAAGCACAACAGUGCCCUUGCAGCCCCCUCACAGUACCCCCUUCAGCACACAGAUCCCACUCCACAGAGCAGGCUGGGCCCCUUACACACCUCCCUCCAACCCCACCAGCUUCCACUCUCCACCUCCUGGCUUCCAGACAGCCUUCAGAAACCCCAGUCAGACCCCCACAGACCUGAUACAGAGCGCAGCCAUGGACCGUCAUUAGAAAUUUCAAAAAACAAAAUCAGCAGAGAUACAAACAAAACUAUUAACAAAUACUUAUAACAGUAUCUUUUCUUUCAUUUUCUUCCAUCCUUUAUGUUUUUUUUGUGCCCCCCCUCCCCCCCUCCCCCCCUCUUCGGAUCAUGCACAAAUUGUAAAGCAAUGUGAUCACUGGUUCUUGGUAGAUCAAGCAGAAGUUAACUGAACAGGGAUCAGGGUUAAGUAAUAUGAGGUUGAGACUUUAAAAGCUAACCAAAAAAAAAAAAACCCUCCUUAAAGAUUAUAAAAAUUCUGUGUAUGAAGAAAUCCCUUACAGGGGGCUUUUUGCAGUCCUUUGCUAUGAUAAAGCUUUUUAAAGCUGUAAAAAGGGCGUGUCUCCUGCAGAAUGUUCUGGGGCAUAAAGGGUAAGCUGAGAUAACACACAGUUAAACAAUGACAGUACAAGUCUGAUAUUAAAUAUUGUUUAAGCCUGGGUGUUUUUGUCUGCUAAGAUCCUCAAUGCAAAUUAUUAUAAGUAGAGCAGCAGUCUGGCCUAUAGGAAUCCCUGAUUUCUAUUAUCAUUAUUUUUUUUUUAUUCGAUUUUCGAAAAAUGAUGGAAUGAUAAGCUGAAAAAGCUUUGUGGUUAUUUUUUUGGCUGUUCCAGUACGAGUUUGGCAUGCAACACUGAUUUAAAUGAAAUUUGAUUAUUUAAGGGCAUGUAGUUGGAGUGAUUUGCAAAAAAAGAGAAAGGAACAGGAAAUUAGAUUUUAUUUUAAUUUCGACUUUAGCUAAAACAAGAAAAAAAGACAUUUUCUAGAAUAAAACAAUGUUUUAAAGAAAAAGGCUGUUCAGAUAACAACUGGGCACAUAGGAGAAAUAAUAAAAAUGUCUCUGUCUCUGUCAGUGUCGCUUAUUCAAGUUGCUGGAGUUGUGCAUUCUGGGAUUUUGGGAGGGGCUCACAUCAUCCACCAGAAGCGCAAGCUUUUAUCAACACCAGAGCUUUUUUUUUUUUAAUUGGUCUCCUUAAUUCCUCCUUGUUGACUGCUUAGGUUCCUGUCAACUGUUCAGUAUUCAUAAAAAACGGAAGCAGAUAACCAUGGGUAUAACCUGAUGCUAAAAAAAAAGAGUUAGAAAUCAAGAACUAAAGGAAAUGUACCUCUCUCUCUGCAGAUCUGGAACUAAAAUCUUAAAUAAAAGAUAAAACUUGA